CGUCUGCUUCCGGCCCUGUUGCCUGGCCCGGCCCUGCGGUUCCCUCGGGACGAAGUCCUGGGCCGUGGCUGCCUUGGGCCCAUGUGUGACAUUUUCUCCCUUGGGUGUUAGAGUUUAGAAGCCUGAGGAAGCUCAGACGUGGCGAGAGGAUGUGGCCCCUGGACCCAUCCCAGAAAGAGGUGCUGAGAUUUGCAGUCAGCUGCCGCAUCCUGACCCUAACGCUACAGGCACUCUUCAAUGUCAUCAUCCCAGAUCACCACGCUGAUGCCUUUUCUCCUCCCCGCCUGGCCCCCUCGGGCUCUGUGGAUCAGCUUGUGGAAGGUCUCCUGGGUGGUCUAUCUCGAUGGGAUGCAGAACACUUCCUGUUUAUUGCUGAGCACGGCUACCUUUAUGAGCACAACUUUGCCUUCUUCCCUGGUUUCCCCUUGGCCCUGCUGAUGGGAACUGAACUGCUGAGACCUUUGCAGGGCCACUUGAGCCAGCGCAGUUGCCUGCUGCUCUCAGUAGCACUUCUUAACUUCCUGUUCUCUGUGCUGGCUGCACUCACACUUCAUGAUUUGGGUUGUCUGGUUUUGCACUGUCCUCGCCAGGCCUUUUAUGCAGCCAUGCUCUUCUGCCUCAGCCCCGCCAAUGUUUUCUUAGCAGCUGGUUACUCGGAAGCUUUGUUUGCCUUCCUGACUUUCAGCGCCAUGGGGCAGCUGGAGAGGGGCCGGAGCUGGACAAGUGGGCUGCUCUUUGCUCUUGCCACUGGGGUGCGCUCCAAUGGGCUGGUCAGUGUCGGCUUCCUCCUGCAUUCUCAGUGCACAGGCUUUUUCUCUUCUCUUGUGGUGCUGAACCCCCUGAAACAGCUCGUCAAGCUGAUGGCCUCUCUCUGCCUGUCCGCACUCACUGUCAGCCUUCCCUUUGCUCUCUUUCAGUAUUAUGCUUAUACCCAGUUCUGCCUACCAGGCUCUGCCCACUCCAUUCCUGAGCCUCUGGUACAGUUAGCUGUGGACAAAGGCUACCGGAUUACAGGAGAAAAUGAGCCCCCAUGGUGCUCCUGGGAGCUUCCCCUAAUAUACAGCUAUAUCCAGGAUGUCUACUGGAAUGUUGGCCUUCUGCGAUACUAUGAGUUCAGGCAGGUACCCAAUUUUCUACUAGCUGCACCAGUAACUGUACUGGUUGUGUGGGCAACCUGGACAUAUGUGACCACCCACCCUCGGCUCUGCCUUACACUUGGGCUACAAAGAUGCAAGGAUAGUAAGACCCUAGAGAAGUCCCAUCCUGGCUUCCUCAGUCCAAAGGUGUUUGUGUACCUGGUCCACGCUGCAGUGCUGCUGCUCUUUGGAGGGCUGUGCAUGCAUGUUCAGGUUCUCACACGAUUUUUGGGCUCUUCCACUCCUAUUGUGUACUGGUUUCCAGCUCACUUGCUUCAGAAUCAAGAGCCACUGUUGAGAUCUGUGGACACAGUACCUGAGGAAAACGCCCCACCAGGAAUAAAGGCCCCCAGAAACUGUAUCCUGAAACUCUUGUACAACUGGAAGGCUUGUUCUCCAGUAACGAGAUGCAUCCUAGGCUAUUUCCUGACUUACUGGCUCCUGGGACUACUCCUCCAUUGCAACUUCCUGCCUUGGACUUGACCUGGAGUCUCGAGGGACAAGCUGAAAGCUUCCAAACACUGGCUGGACUGCCUGCACACCCUAGCGCAUGUCCGUUAGGAUCUACCCUGGCCCCUGGGGGCCACGCAGGAAUGGAGAAUGUGAGCACAGCAGCCAGCCCCUUCUUGUCCAGGGUGGAACAAGUUUAGAGAAGGAGCAUUUUCUCUGCUGAGUGGAGCCGCCUCGAAUCUCCCAGGUCAACAGUAUCAAACAAUCUUAACCCUCCUACUGACCCAUGUGGAAGGUUUUUGUUUUUGUUUUCUGGGACAGGGUUUCUCUGUAGACCUAGCUGUCCAGGAACUCGCACCAGGCUGGCCUCUAACUCUACCUAUGUCUAAUUGGCCGUGUGUAAAUUUAAAUGUUUGAUCAAAGCUCUAGGCAACAGCGUGGUCCCCCCAAGAUGGUGGGAACAGUACAGCAAAGGAAAAAGGAACCACUUGCUCUAAGUGAGACCUUUCUGAUGUUUUCUUUAUAAUGUGUGCAUUUAUAUAAAAAAUCCUACUCACUAUGAAAAUUUAA